AAAUCAACUUUUAACAUCCAUUUUUGUGUUUCAGUUGGUUUGGAGAAAAUUCUGUUAGUCUUGGAUACAUAGAUGGAAGUGGUGACAGGUUUAUAACAGUUGACCUUGCAAUCUCAGACAUUUAAAACAGGACCAGAAGUUUGUAUAAUCAAUAAGCAAACUAAUGACAUCACCAUGGGACACACAGAAGUUCUUGCAGGAGCAGGGUCUGUGUGGCUUCAGUUGCCUGCAGUGCUCCCAGGCCAGAGCAAGUGCCCGAGGGUCUGAACUGCCCGCAGUGCAGCCCUGCAGCCUUUCCCAGGGCACGUUGAUGUGCACAAAGUAAGUUUCCCUGAAGACAAAGUGAACAUGUUGACAGCUUACGUGGCAGCAUAUAUGUCCUGAGUGUGUGUUUUAGAAGUCCAACUGUUGUUUUUAUGUUUUUAAAGGAAAUAUUUGAAUCAAGCAGUUAUGGGCCCCCUGAAGUAUCCUUUUUUCUAGAACAUUCUGAAAGUCAUCCUUGCCUAUGGAAAGCCUAGGCCUACCUGCACUGUUAUGUUCAGUAAAUAAGCAGGGUGCUCUGGGCUGGGGAUUGUGUGAGGAGCAGAGCGCAGCCCGUCCUCAUGCUUUUCCACUGAAGUAGGCCAGGCGGAGAGGGAGUAAAGCAAUGAAUGCUCUUUGGCGGCUGAGUAGUCCAAGAGCCAGAAAAGAAAUGUUCAAAUUAAGAAGGCUAUAGCAGGCCAAAAUGAGGAAAUUCAGGGUUUGCGGGAGGUGGGAUUUGAGAUGGGUCUUGGAGAGUUGGACAGUGUCAGCCGGUAGGAUGGGGUUGCAGACGGAAGCCUGUGAGGAAGGCAGAGGAUGCGGAGCUGUGAGCGCAGGGAGUAGCGAGGCUGGAGAGCAGCUGGGCUGCGGAUCAAGACGUCUGCGUUUAAUUAGGGACUGAAGGUUAGCAGGGAAGGGAACGAUACCAGAUCUUGAAUUUAAGAACUUGAAUCUUGUAAAGUACCAAAUCUAAUAAAAAUUAGUCCUUAGUUGUCCUAAAUCAGAACUGGCCCAGGCAUACAGUGUUUCCGUGGCCGACAGACGAGCCAGCGCUGUCCAUGGUAACCAGCUUUUGUGUGGCUUAAAGCUUGCAUCCAUUUUCUCCUUUCAUCGUUUUCCCAAAACAACUCCGUGAGGGCCGUUAGCUCUGCUUGGUAGACGAAGAAGCCGAGGCGGCCUAGGGUCACGGCCAGGGAGCCUCUGGGACGCCAAGUCAGCUCGGUGGUCCUCAUGCCGCCUACAACUCGUCGGGCCCUCGAGGUCCGCGGCUACUGGAGGCGCCCGGGGAUGUCCUGCAGGUGCCCCGGAGAGGCCAUGGAGCUGAGCAGCAAGAAGAAGCUUCACGCCCUGUCCCUGGCCGAGAAGAUCCAGGUGCUGGAACUCCUGGAUGAGUCCAAGAUGUCCCAGUCGGAGGUGGCCCGGCGCUUCCAGGUUUCCCAGCCCCAGAUCUCGCGCAUCUGCAAGAAUAAGGAGAAGCUGCUGGCGGACUGGUGCAGCGGCACAGCCAACCGAGAGCGCAAGCGCAAGCGGGAGUCCAAGUACAGCGGGAUCGACGAGGCUCUGCUCUGCUGGUACCACAUUGCCCGGGCCAAGGCCUGGGACGUGACGGGGCCCAUGCUGCUCCACAAAGCCAAGGAGCUGGCCGAUAUCAUGGGCCAGGACUUCGUGCCCAGCAUCGGCUGGCUGGUCCGCUGGAAACGCCGAAACAACGUCGGCUUUGGGGCCCGCCAUGUUCUUGCUCCUUCAUUCCCCCCUGAGCCACCUCCCCCAGGCCUCACAUCCCAGGCUCAGCUGCCUCUUUCCCUAAAAGACUUCUCUCCAGAGGACGUGUUUGGCUGUGCUGAAUUGCCCUUACUGUAUCGGGCAGUGCCCGGCAACUUGGGUGCAUGUGAUCAAGUACAGGUGCUGCUGUGUGCCAACAGCAGGGGCACCGAGAAGCGGCGGGUAUUGCUGGGGGGGCUCCAGGCUGCCCCGAGAUGCUUCUUUGGGGUCCGCAGUGAGGCUCUGCCUGCCUCCUACCACCCUGACCUGGGCGUCCCCUGGUUAGAGUGGUUGGCACAGUUUGACCGGGACAUGGGACAGCAGGGCCGACAGGUGGCUUUGCUGCUGGCUGCCCGAGUGGUGGAGGGACUGGCAGGCCUGCCUGGGCUCUACCACGUGAAGCUCUUGCCUCUGGCCGCCUCUAGCACCACGCCUCCCCUGCCCAGCUCAGUGGUCCGGGCCUUUAAGGCCCAUUACCGACACCGGCUGUUGAGCAAACUGGCUGCCAUCCAAAGCGACAGGGAUGGCACCUCGCUGGCUGAGGCCGCGGCGGGCAUCACCGUGCUGGACGCCUUGCACGUGGCGUCUGCCGCCUGGGCCAAGGUGCCGCCUCAGCUCAUUUUCAGCAGCUUCGUUCAGGAAGGGCUGGCUCCCGGCAAAACGCCCCCGUCCUCACACAAAGCCUCUGAGAUGCCACCAGUUCCCUGCGGGCUGAGCCUAGAGGAGUUUUCCGGCUUUGUGGACCUGGAGGGUGAGGAGCCAGGGCCUGGAGUGUGUAAAGAGGAGACAGGCACCGAAGACGAGGAGAGGGACAGAGAGGGUGCCUUUGAGCCCCCGCCCACGAAAGCUGAUGCCCUCCGGGCCCUGGGCACCUUGAGGAGGUGGUUUGAGUGCAACAGCACUUCUCCUGAGCUGUUUGAAAAAUUCUACGACUGUGAGGAGGAGGUGGAGCGGCUUUGCUGCCUAUGAAGGCACCUUUGCUGCUUGCCAGAGCCCCCUCCUCUCCUGUUUCCCAUGGAAACGGCCUCUUCAGAAGGCAGAUCCGGGCUGUCUCUUUCCUGUGGAAAUAGAACUGUCAUAAAGGUGUAGAAGGGAGAGAAGUUGGGACACCAAGUCUGAGCUUGGAGUGACAGUCGUCCAAGCCCCAGGAAGAGAGCUCUAAAGAUGGGGCUUCAAGGGUAGGAAUCCAGGCUACUUAGUUUCCUUGCUUGAAAGUUAUAGAGCCUUAGAAAGGGAGUUAGUCUAGAGGCGGGCGCUUAGAAAGCUGGAGUGUGGGCUUUUUGGACAGACUUCUUCCUUGAACUCUGUUAAAAACAGUUCUGCUUCUGGAAAUAAAGUUUUUAAUCAGA